AUGACAGAGACAUUGAAUGUCAUAGUCAAUAACGGACCAAGUGUAGGCGCUUAUACACUUGAUCUGAUUGCGCCUCCGAAGUUAACUUCGGAGAUCACUCAGUUGCCAACGCUCGAACACAAAAGGCUCUUGCGUGAUCUGCGUAGUGGCAAAGUCAAGCAGAUCUGCAUACUCGUCGCUGACGACGAGUGUGUAACCGACAUAAGGUCAGCAACAGUGUUCACUGAGAACGAGAGAGUUCUCAGUAGUUCAUCUAUGAACGAGAGUGGCCUAGAUGAAAAGACACGAAUUGAGCGAUAUGACUCCCAAUCGUGGGAAUCGCUCAAGACAAAUCCUCUCUUUGAAGAGUUGGUUGAAUUCAAGGAUGCAUUCCCUGAAACUGUUCCGUGCGAAUUACCGAAGGAUAAAGGUAUUCGACACGAGGUCGAGAUUAAACCAGGCUCGAAGUACUGUGUCAUGAAGCAGUGA